AUGGCCAUGAAAACACGAACACAUCUCUUGGAAGAGUUGCAGACAGAGAUUCUAGCGAGAUUACCUUUAAGAACCAUCUUCAGAUUCAAAUCAGUGUGCAAGACAUGGAAAUCAACAAUAGAGUCUGCCUAUUUCCGCCGUCUCUUUUUAUCUCUGCAUCAAAACUCCUCCUCCGCUUCAUCGUGGUCCCUCUUGUACGGAUCAGACGAACUCAUAGGGUUCCAUGGAUGCAAAACAUGGGAUCUUCCGAAGUCUCCAGCUUCACUCAUCCCACCUUGUUCCCCACGUGAUCUUAUUUUCGGUGAUUGCAGCUACGUGGAUUUUUCUGGUGGAUUGGUUUUGCUUAUAGAAGGCUCUUAUACAGCUUACGGCUACGUGGGAAAUCCAGUUUUACAGCAAUGGGUCAAAAUCCCUCCAACUCCUCCAUUCGACCCUAUGAAUUAUUCUACUAAGUUUGGUAAUUUAGUGACUCGUUUGGAUGAGGACGGUGUCGUUUUGAGCUUUAAAGUUGUUAGGUUAGUUCUUUACCCAACGACAAAUGAUUAUCUCGUCAAUAUGUUAGUGUAUUCCUCUGAGACAGGGGUUUGGACUUCUAAAGUAAUUCAAUCUCCUCAUCUAUUCGACAACGUGAAUAAUAUCAACCUGAACGGUAUGUUCUACUUUAGUUCUCUGACUGUGCCUGGAGUACUUGUAGCUCAUGAUUUCUAUUCUGAAUCUGAUCAAUUCCGUGUUGUGCAAUUACCGGACUAUCCCGAAAUCAACAAGCACUACAAACGAACCUUGACUAUAUCAGGAGGCUUUGUCAUGUAUGUCAGAACAUUAGCAAAAAAGGAAGAAACUGUUUUGAAGAUUUGGAGGCUGAAAAGUGAUGAUGACACUUGGCAACUUUUGUGGGAAGUAGGCUUCCCGGUUAACGGUAAUUAUGUACCCAUGGCAAUGAAUCCAUUUGAUGUCGCUACUGUCUAUCUAUGGAGUCAACUGGAUCAUCAUUUGGUAUCAUGUAACCUACGGAAACGAAACUACACAAUCCUGGGGGAUGCAUCUAAUGAUGGUUAUCAAGAUUGUUUCAUUGACCAUUCUGCUUGUAAGAAAAGUGUGGAUGAGAUAUGGGAUACAGCAUCAUCAUCAGGUUUAGACGAAGACUUGGACUUUAGUGUUUGUAUUUGGUUAUUCCCAUUCGUUAUCCCACGGUGGAUGGCACCAGUGCCUCGGCCUCCUCAAGCUGAGAUUAUGGAUACGGCUUAA